UUUUUUUUUCUCUCUCUUUCUCUUUCUCCCAAAUAACAAUUAUCAUAAAAAAACAAUCUCUCUCAUUCACUUCUCAUCUUUGACAUGUAAAAGUUUUCUCUUCUCAUCUGAUCAAAGACCACAAGUUUUUGUUUCAGUUUCGCCAUUUAGUCUUCCUUUAUCGCCUCAGUUCUUAGACUUUGUAUGAACUCAUUUCUUUUUUCUGGAAGAAUUACUGUGGGACACAAUAAAUUCUUGAAGUUUUGUACAUAAGAUGGGGUGUUUUACAGUUUUGAAGAGUAAAAAGAAAAAACCUGAGCAGACUGUUCAUAUGAAAAAGGUCAAUCCUCAGGAGUGUGCUCCCACCACACUACCUGAACCACAAACCCCAAUACGCGCACUCCAAUCAGCGCCUCCAAGUUUUAGGAAUAGAGUGAAGCCUGUUCAACCGAAUAACAAAGUUUCUAACAAUAGAUCAAGGGUACUAUCUGCCCCAUGUAGUCUUGAUGCGGCAGAGCAAGACGUACUUGCAGCAAGUGAAUAUGAAGAGCAAGAAGAAUCAAAGAGCCGAGUUGGAUUGGGGAAGGAACAAUGGUCUUCAAGUCCACAACCUCUUCCACUUCCAUCGCCUCGGAGUGCUGCUGCACUUAAGACUACUGGAAGCUUUAAAGCAGGGAAUGUCAGCGGUCCUUUGUUUGCUUCUGGACCUUUGCCACUGCCUCCUACUGGAACUGGAACUCUUCGGAACUUCCCAUACGAAGAAGUUGCAGCUGCUUGCCAUAAUUUCUACUCAGACCGAUGCAUGUCGGAAGGUCUUUCUUCUAUAAUGUAUAUGGCCUCCUUUGGAGAAGAUGCAUCAAAUUCAAAGAAGUUUGAAGCCACUGUUACUCGUCUUAACCCUUCCACUCAGGGUUUAAAGGAAUUUAUCAGUGAAGUAAACACCCUUGCAUCUUUGCAACAUGUAAACCUCUGUAAAUUGCUUGGUUAUCACGCAUGUGAUGGUUCAGAACAGAGAAUGCUGAUAUAUGAGAGGCUUUCUCAUGGAAGCUUGGAUCGGCUUCUAUUUGGGAGAUUAGAUGGGCCCCCAAUUGAUUGGAACACCAGAAUGAAAAUUGCAUUAUGUGCAGCACAAGGUCUUACCUUCUUGCAUGAAGAAGGGCCAUUUCAGGCAAUGUACAAUGAUUUUUCAACUGCCAACAUACAAAUUGACAAAGAUUUCAGUGCAAAGCUAUCGGGAUAUGGUUGUGUUGGUCAUAUUCCUGAGACAGAUAUCACUAAUAAUUCUGUUGCUGCAGCAAAUCUUUCAGUGGAGACAUUAGAGAGAGGAUUGCUGACUCCCAAGAGUAAUGUUUGGAGUUUUGGGAUUGUACUUCUUGAACUACUCACUGGCCGAAGGAAUCUUGAUAGCCACCAUCCCAAGGACGAAAGGAACUUGGUUAAGUGGAGCCGGCCUUUCCUAGCUGAUGACUGUCGACUUUCACUCAUCAUGGAUCCUUGGCUCAAGAGUCGCUUUCCAGCCAAAGCAGCUCGGACAGUGGCUGACAUUGCUCUAAAGUGUCUGCAGAAAGAUCCAUCCGAAAGACCCACCAUGAGAACCAUUGUUGACCGUUUGAAAACCAUACAAGACAUGAAAUUCCCCUGUCGUUAUCCUCUGCAAGAGCCGGCACUAAUUUCCGGUAAGCAUAUGUCAAGAUCACCAAGUCUCAACGGGAUCAUCACCCCUGCACCUAGGUUAAGUUUUUCACCAUCUCCGCCAUCAGGAGCCCGACUAUCUGUUUCCCCCACAAGGACACUUGCUGUGCCCGGAUCUCUUGUGCUGCGUGCUUGUUCCUCCACCCUUUCAUUUGAAGAAUUGGAUAGGCAAGUAAGUCGAUCCUCCACCAUCACAAUUGAAGAAUUGGAUAGGCAAGAAAGUAGGAGAUCAUCCACAUGGACUGUUCGAAGGGCUAGUGUUGAAGGAUUUUGAGUGUUCAUAAUAUGCAUUUUUUCAUUUUAUUUUUUGGUUUUUUUUUUUUUUUUGGUAAUUCAACACAUAUAUAGAAGAUAAAAGAAGUGGUGCUUCCACCAUUCCUUCCUCAAGAUGAUGAAAAUUGAGAGGAUGGUCUUUUGUAGAUAAGAAUGAAAGCUUGGUUUGACUAGGUUCCCGGUAGUUUCCUUUAAGUCCAGGUGCCAGUUAUAUAAUAACAACAUUUUCUUCGCUUUUCGUA